GUCGGAUAACUUUUUCAAAACGCUAACGCUAAUAUCUGACGCUGAUGCCAAAGUAGGCCUAAAUCUUGGCAAGGUCUCAGCUCCGGAGUACGGACUGCCUCUAGCAUCUGGUUACUACUACAAAUUAAUGCAUUUCGUUUCUUCGGGAGGAAGGAAUCUCAGAGGGCAGAAAAAUGGGGACGACAGGUUUGAUUUCAGCUAUGCGUAGAACUAACGCCAAAAAUUACCGCCUCUUCGUCCCAGUGAUUCAAGCUCUGAAUCCGCAGCUGGCCGGCCGUUCUUCCGGCGAAAUCCCUAGCUUUUUAAUUCAGAAGAGAUGGCAUAUGGGCGGCGCUCACUGUCAUCCGCACCGCGAUCAUCAGGGAAAUGAAGGCGAGAAGAUCUUCCGUCUCGGCCUUGCGGCCGACGUCGGCUUGGCGGCCGGCAAAGCUUUCACCGGUUACGUCUGUGGAAGCACCGCGAUCAUUGCCGACGCUGCUCAUUCCAUCUCCGAUGUGGUUCUGAGCGGGGUGGCAUUGCUGUCGUAUAAAGCUGCGAAGGCUCCCAAGGACAAAGAACACCCAUAUGGUCACUUUUGAUCUGUACCUACGCUUUACUCUAUGUUUCUACAUUGCUCAUACUAAUAUUGAUGAAACAGAUUUUUUCUAUUCUUUUGCUUUGAUGAUUGCUCAUACUAAUAUUGAUGAAACCGAUUUUUUCUAUCAUUUUGCUUUGAUGAUGUGUAGGAGAUCACAUAAAUUGGUUUAGUAUGA